GCGGCGGCGGCGGCGACCCGGGCCUCGCGGCUCAGCCCCGCAACGGAGCAGGCCUUCGCAGCGCGCGCCUCUCACCGACCCCGACCGCUGAGCCCGCCCUGGGCCGGCGAGCUCUGAUCACUGAGGCCCAGUCUGCCCUCGCGGCGCGUUCUUGAAAUCAUGAAUCCUGUUUAUAGCCCGGGUUCUUCUGGGGUACCCUAUGCAAAUGCCAAAGGAAUUGGUUAUCCAGCUGGUUUCCCAAUGGGCUAUGCAGCAGCAGCUCCUGCCUACUCCCCCAACAUGUACCCUGGAGCGAAUCCUACCUUCCAAGCAGGUUACACUCCUGGCACACCUUACAAAGUGUCCUGUUCCCCCACCAGCGGGGCAGUGCCACCGUAUUCCUCCUCCCCCAACCCUUACCAGACUGCUGUGUACCCCGUGCGAAGUGCCUACCCCCAGCAGAGCCCGUAUGCACAGCAAGGCACGUACUACACCCAGCCCCUGUACGCAGCACCCCCUCACGUCAUCCACCACACCACGGUGGUGCAGCCCAACGGCCUGCCAGCGACGGUGUACCCUGCUCCCAUCCCUCCGCCGAGAGGCAACGGGGUCACCAUGGGCAUGGUGGCGGGCACCACUAUGGCCAUGUCAGCGGGUACCCUGCUGACUGCCCACUCCCCAACUCCUGUUGCUCCCCACCCUGUCACUGUGCCCACGUAUCGGGCCCCAGGAACGCCCACCUACAGCUAUGUGCCCCCUCAGUGGUGAUCACCCUGCAAACGUUUGUGGAUGGAGCUGUGCAGUCACAUCAUGGAGGUUCCACAGCUGGUGCUGCAGGCCUUCUGCCUCCAACCGGGACUUUCUUCGUAAUGCUCUCGACACUUAGCUAAACACUACUGCAGCCAGCCUAGCAGGUCCCAGCGCCCUCAGUCUCCAGCUGACUCUUUGGGUUCGUCUUACAGCAAAUCCUGUUUGGUGGGCUGCCAGGCAACUUUUUAGCUAACUGUAACGAUAAAAGGGAGUAUUAAUCUAUUCUGAAUCAUAUCUAGUUGAAUGCAUGUUAAAAAACACACACACACACACACACAAAGCUUGCUCAAUCUACCUGCAGUGACUGAUGCAGAACCAUCAUAUGCAAAAUCCAAAGGAAUGGAAAAGUAUUUUACAACUUGUAUCACUAAUGCACUGUUGUAAUGUAUGCAAAGUCUUAAAGUUAUAAGUGUUAAAGUGAAUUUCUUCAUAGAGCAUCUGAGAUCUCUUCGAUGAUUCUUCAGCCUUUGGGGUUGAGGUGGGUUGCCAGUUGGAUAUGUGGACUUCGACUUUCCAGCCAUCUGUUCCUUUCAUGCUGACCACAGUGAGAGAGAGUUGCAGGCACGGGGAGAGUGUGGGGAGGCCCAGCACUGCUUGGGGUGCAGUCAGGUUAAUGGCUUUCUUCCCAUUUAGGCUUGUGGGGUCUGUGUGAUGUGGAUGUUCUUAGGGAUUACCAUGAAAGAUUAGAGUAGGGUGCCAGUACAGUGAGGUGAUAUAACAGCAAACAGUUUUCUCUCAAUGCUGUCUAAAUUUUUGUUACAAAUCACUUACAGAUGGAUAUGAUGUUUUCUAUAUCUUCAUUGGAAAAGUCCUAUGUAGAGCUUAAAUUAUUUUCCUGGGAUGGAAGAGAAACAGCCACACUUGGAGGAGGUAUUGACCUCUUCUUUAUUUAGCUUAGGAAAAGUCAUCCCUAUUUUUUUUCCCCUGAGAAAUGUUUUAGUCUCCUGAAAACAUGUGUAGGAAUUGCUGUUCUCCCUCCCACAAGGAAGGGCAAAGAUACCAGCUGCGUUACGAAGAAAGCUGUACAUUUAAGAACUGUUCAGCGGGAACAAAGGAUUGACACUGAUGGUUUCUUGUAGAGAGGCAGGGCUGCGGCUGUCCUUAGGCGCCCAGCUUGACGGGGGCUUGUCCUGAGGCCGCUUGGAGGGGCUUGUGGAGAUGGGAGUGGGGGGUGAGGGAGUGACCGGCCUGUCGUCUGUGACCCCUUCGACCACUUCUCCUGUGGCUGAGGAGACUUGGCGCACAGCAGUGGGCAGCAGAGGACCAGGCAGCAUCGAAACGUGUCUGCCAGUUAGAACAUGCUUGCCUGUUACUACAGAAAGGAUUUUGUGUUUAAAAUCUGAAUAUUGUACAUAAGAAGCCAAGAGGAUUUUUUUUUUUGCUUAAAUGUCCCCAGCCUGUAUCGAUGGUUGUGUGUGUCUGUCUGUCCUCAGAUGGAGUCAGAGGGGUUGGGGGUGGGGAGGGUUUGUUGCUCUUCAGCCUGUCGGGGGUGGGGGUGCCCCUGCUCCACCCAUCCCAUCGUCGUUUCGAGUGCUGUGGGCCUUGGCUGGGGAGGGGACCCUAACUCUUCUUACAGCUCCGGCAAGUGGUCAGGGCUCUGGCACUGGGAUGGCAUUCAGGCCUGGUUGGUGAGUGGGGCAACUGACUGCUGAGCCUUGGUAACUGUAUUUUCUAUAGUAAGUAUUCAUCAUAGUUUUCUUUUUCACGUUUUAUUUUAUAAAAAGUUUAGGGAUAUUUUUGCAUGGAUCAUUGUACACAGAAGAUUUAUUUCUACUGUCUGUAACAUAGUAUGUUUACUGAUAAGUACUUUAAAUUGGAGAGCACUUAACCCACCUUUGUAUGUAUGUAUGUGUGUGUGUGUGUGUCUGUGUGUGUCUGUGUGUGUAGUAGUUGUCUACCCCAGGCACACCAUGUCCACCUCAACUCUUUGUUGGUUAUUCUGUCUGUUUAGAGGGUGGUUGGUAAUGUUCUAAUGGUUCUGGGGCAGAACUGAUCCAGUAGCAGAGAAGGUUUCCCCAGUUUAGUGUAGUAAGUGAGUUUUGUAUAACUCUUUAAAAGUCCCAGUCUUUCUCUCUCUCUCUCUCUCUCUCUCUCUCUCCCUCCCUCUCUCUCUCUCUCUCUCUCUCUCUCUCUCUCUCUCUCUCUCUCUCUCUCUCUCUCUCUCUCUCUCUCACACACACACACACACACACACACACACACACAGACUGCCUGUAAGGGUUAGAGUCAUUUGCAUUCAGGAAGAAGUUAUGAGAAGUUACAUAGGCUCUUUCUUCAGUAUUGUCUGAGACACACACACAGGGUGAGUGUUUUCAUGAGCACUGAAUUAAAUGGUGUUUUUAAGAGAAAAAAAAAGAGUGGGUUGUGUUUUCUCCCCAUUUACGUCAACUUAUAAAUACUAUGCCCCUUUUAAUUUCUAAAAAAUCUUACUUCCCUUUUGUGAGGUUGAGCUGGAAAACUUCAUCAGAUACUUCUGCAUUAUGGAAUACCUAUGUGUGGAAAUCUUUUCAGUUUUGAAACUAUCAGGGCAUCAGUUAUGAAAUAUGAAAGGUAGAGCGUGUCUAGCAGGUGAGAAUCUGGACAUAAUGAAUAGUAACAAAACUGUCAUAUGUUGUAAUUGUAGCAGCAUUUAGUUCCACUAAAAUUAAGGAAUAGAGCUUCUGUUAUAAAAUGCAUAAUUUGAUAUCUUAAGCACAAUAGUAGAAUAUUCAGAGAAAUUUUUCAUUUUUUGUAUGUGACAUUCUUAAUUUGAGGGUCUUUUAGCUAAAUUACAGUUAUUUUAGAAAUUGAGACAGGAGAGUAAACAGAUACCAUCAUGGGUAUUUUUUUAAAAAUUCUGUUCUACAGCCCUUCUCUAAGGUUUAGGAGAUAAUGUUUCUCUUGUUUGGAUCUGGGCCAGGUGACUGGACGUUCUCCGAUGAGUGAUGGUCCCGUCAGCUUGCUGUCUGUGAGGAGUGCAGCCGGCAUCAGGGCCAGGGCCACUCAUGGGAACAAGCACAGAGGCGCUUCAGGAUCUUUUAUGUCUCUUGUGUUGAGUCUUCCCUGAAAAUUUUUGUUGGUUUGGUUACUAGGCCUCCCAGUUACAUUACGCGACUCUGUUUGUUGAGUGCUAUGCAAAUGUGGUGUUUAUAGGAGCCUCGGGCGGUCCUGAGCCUCGGGCUGGGAAUCUGGUCAGUGCGUGCUGCAUCCCAGACCGCGCUCCAGCGCCUGCCCCUCCUCUGGCGCUGGCACUGCACACACAGGAAGAGGGUCUGGGGGCUCGGGGUGUGCCCGUCUCGCAGUGCUGUCCUGCCAGAGCGUGGUGAGAGCAGAGUUGACACUGGAUGCAUCCAUGUUGGGGCCUGCUGUCUAAGAAGGAGACCCAGACUUCUUCACCUGAACUUGGUAGACAUGUGGAAACAGUAUUACUCUGACCAGUUGGGCCGCCUUCUCCCUAUCUGGCAGCUAAUGGCUGGACGCCCCAGUUCUUGCCGGCCUGGGCAUCUCCCAGACAGGAUAGGACACCUUGUCUGACAUCCUCUGGCCAUGCAAGGGCAGGCUUGAGGAUGUGGGGCUUGAGGUGGGGGACAGCUUCUGGCUCUUCUCUUGGUGCUUUCUAAGGAGGGGGUGUGUCUUCAGAGCGGAGUGGUUGGCAUAGGGGAAGGGCGGCCUGCAUGACUCCCUCUCUACCACAUUUCAAAUGUUGGCAUGUUUUUUUCUCCUAAGCUGUUUAAUACUCAGCCUAAGCUUCUGAAAGGAGCCUGCAGAUGACAUGCUGCAGAGGAGGGUCUAAUCUUUUCAGGUAGAAAGUUGCAGAGUUGAUGUUUCAGAGGAUUUGUCUUUCCCUACUCUAUUGACUUGAAGAACAGAAAACCUCUGGUGUGAUCUUAUUUGAACCCCCAGGACCAACCUCCAGUCACCUGGGACAGAGACAGGAGAGCCUGGCACCUCUGCGCAGGGAGCCUGCAGUGAGCACUGGAAGGCUGUGCUUCCAGGACGCGGGUGUUGAGAUGAUGAGUGUCUUGGCCUCCUGAGCCCUGAGGUCUCCUGUAGGUCCUCGUGCAGACCAGUGGUUAGCAGAAGGCCAGCUCUCCUGUGUUCCUGGGGGGUUGCUGGCCACCCAAGAGAGACCUAAGGGAGCCACUGUUACUGACUAGGAAACGGUUGGGUUUUUGUUUUUGUUUUUAAUGAUUUUUGAAUACUGUUUUUUUAGACCAUUCUCUUAGUACUUUUUAAAAACUUAAGUCAGCAUUGUCUUCCAGUGUUAAAGGCACCCCUCCCCGCCCCCCGCCUUUGCAUUGAACUAAGGUGUCAAUCGAUACAAAGGAAUGGAACAUCCAUCCUGAGCCAAUUCCAUUAUGUGUAAAUUCUUACUAUUUUAAUUUUUUAUGCAAUCUGAUGAGUGGAUGAACUCAGAUUUAAAAUUCUUAAAAGCACGUUUAUUGUAAAUUGUUAUGUAUUAAUACUGCAGUUUUCAAUAAAGAUUGACUUGUGUUGCA